GAAUUUUUCGGGGGAGGGAGGAGGGGAGUGACGCGAACGAAGGAAGAAAAGGGUCGCGCCACUCGGGAAACCGCAAAUUCCCGCGACUGGAGGGUAAAUAAAAACGCGGAAAAACUGGAGCAUGCAAAUAUAUUCCGACGAGCGCGGGAGCGCGCAAUCCCUAAAAGUUUAGCGCGCUGUGAAUGGGUGGCGUUCGUCGCUCCGUGGCCAACUUGGCGAGGAAAAAAACUCCGCCAGCCAGGGACAUGUAUAUGCAAGCAUCGAGUUUAAAUCGAGGAUGCCAAACGCCGCUUCCUGCGGACAUGACCGUCUCCGCGUCCUGGCAGCUCCAUUAUCUGCUCCAUCAAUCGACCAUUCUUCUUGCCUGGUGCAUCGUGGAUGGUGGUAACCAGACCGCGAAGGGAAGCGGAAGAAGAAAGCGGAGGUAUCGAGGAAGAAAAAGGAGGAAGCGACGUAGGAGGAAAGGGUGGAAGAAAAUGGCGGCUAGAAGCUAGGAGGGAAGGGAGGAGGAAAUGGUUUCAUUAAAACAAUCCCGGUGGCUCGUGGCGCUUGAUCGAAACCUCGUGUACGGAAUAAUGAGCGUGUGUCCUCGGUGCAUGUGCUCGUACAUACACGUAUAUACACGCGCUCAUACACGCGGUAUACUCGUGUAUACCGUAAAGGUCGUUACACAC